CUUUCUCUAGAAUGCCGUCCCUGUUCACAGAGAGAACUCAUAUAUCUGUUCUGCACAAGUGAUUUCGCUGUUCGAGGCACAAUAAGUUCCUUAUAUGAAAAUGAAAUCACGCAAAGGACAGAACUGGUGGUUAAAGCACGUCAAAUUCUCAGAGAUUCUGAACAAAAAGUAUUUCAGACUCUAUCAAAAUCGGGUAAAAAUCUAACAACCUACAGUGGUGUUUUGUAUAGGCCACUGCAGUGCGGUACACGAGCUGGAACGGGAGAAUUCCUAUUCCUGGGAAGGCGAAAACUUGGUGAUCCAAUUCUUACAUGUGCACCACGCUGGACUGAAUGGAAAAAAAUAAGACAGAAGGCCUUCUCAUCUGGCAACUUGGACUGUAUGCUUGAUUGAAAAGUGCUAAUAAGUGCAGAUAAAGUGCAGAUAAAAGAAUAGCUAAGAAUAGCAGAUAAAGAAUUAGCUAAACAGUGAAGAAUACCAAAGAUUCUGUACGAUAUUCUUUCAAAUUGUUUAAACAAGAACUACAGUAGCGUAUUUUUUGCAUGUGCCAAAUAAGAAUUUUACUGAUACAUUAUUUGUUAAUGGAGAUAAAAAUAUUAAUAUAUGUAUUUAAUAGGAUUAGCAUAGAGAUGCAAAGCAAAUAGGAAUUUUACAUUUUUCAGCUAUAAUAACCAGGUCUCCAGAGUACAAAUAUACGCACAAUUUCUAUAUAGAUCUUAUAUUGUAUAUAGUGACUUUGUAUUAUUAUAUAAAACUAGAAAUUAAAAA